AAGAAACUAUGAGCUGAAUAAGAAUGUUUGAUGGGCUGAUGUUUAUGGCCCAGAUCUGGAUUUCCCUGCUCCUGAAGAAUAUACUGACAUGAUUGGAAUCUUGAAGGUCUGUGAUUCAUUAAUCUCCAUUCUAUGGUUUUCUUACAUAGAUAUUCUAAACACUUAUCCUUAUUUUUCAAUGUCUUUCAUCCAGGGUAGAUACUAUGAUAUGAUCCUGUCUACAAAACUGGCCGGACUUGGCCAUGCAGCGUUCUUAUACAUGUCAACUGCUCGUGAUAGAGUUAGCUACAUUUACCCUAAUGUUAACUCUGCCGGAGCUGGAUUACUUCUGUCUCAAACAUUUACCUCAAAUAGCAUGAACCUGUCUGAAGCGGGAUAUAACAUGUAUCAAGAAAUGGCUGAUUGGUUGGGGAGACCAUUUAGAAGUGUUCCUAGACAGCCUGUUCUUCCUUUGCAAGUGUCCAUUUCUAGGAAGGUGAAGGAUGCGGUUGAAGCUAAGUAUAGAGAUGCGGGUGCAGAGAAGGGAAAGUUUGUUGUUCUUCAUGGAUUACAAUCUGAUUCGAAGGCGUCUAUGCAGUCUAGAGGAGAUAAAGAUAGCAUAUUGUCUAUUGAAGUAUGGGCUGAAAUUGCAUAUUCAAUUAGUAGGGAAUUUACGCCGGUUUUUGUGAUCCCACACGAGAAAGAAAGGGAAAACGUGGAAGAUGUUGUAGGAGACGACGCUAGCAUUGUCUUUGUUACUACUCCCGGCCAGCUUGCUGCUUUAGUUAACGACUCGAUUGGGGUGAUUGCUACUAAUACAGCCGCUAUUCAAUUUGCAUUUGCGCGUGGCAAGCCCUGUAUUGCGUUGUUUGGUUCAGAAGAGAAAGGGGAGUUAUUUGUGCCAAAUGCAGAGGAACGAAAAUGUACAGUUAUUGCUUCGAAGACAGGCAAGUUGGCAGAUAUCGAUGUUAAAGCUGUGAAAAGAGCAGCCCAAAUGUUCAAAAGGUCUCUGGCUUUGGCAUGAAGGAUUGGACGAUGAAAUGGAUGGGAAAUCAACUUCAUUUUGUCGAGUAUGUUUCAGUUGUACAGUUGGGUGUAAGUAAGAGCAACUCGACAAUCAAUCAAUUGUCUUUCUAAUUUAGAAGAAAUGUGUCAGAUUAAGAGGUAAUAUUGUUUACAAACCAUAUAUGUUAUAUAUGUUAGUUGAAUUGGAAAAUCAAGAUUCAUGUUUGUUUUUA